CAGGGGGGGCCUUUAAGAGUCCCUCCCAACUCAAACGACUCUGUGACUCUAUAGGAGAAAACAGCUGGCAGCAGGCACAAAGCUGUUGGCUGGGUGGAGAAGCAGCACCUACGGGUACCUGAGGCAAUGCAGAGGGUGCUGAGUUCACCACUGGGCCCUGAAGCAAGAGAGAGAGAAGUGCAGGGUGUGCUCGGGGAGUUUGUGUUUGAGUCAGGCAGAAGUGGAAGAACUGAGUCACCAGGCCGGGGCUGGUGCUGCUAUGGGGGAGAGCGGAGCCAUGAGGGCACUGGGCAUGGGCAGCAAGCGGCCGCUGGGCUCUGAGGUGGAAGGGGAAGUGAAAAAUCACCUUGGGUGUGGAGCUGGUGGGCAGCAAACAGUUUUGGUCACAACUUUCACUCACCCAGCCAACCUGGCCGGGGAGGAAGAGGCUGUGCUGGGAGGAGCCCGUGGGCUGCGGUAGGCAACAGGCAGGCCUGCUUCAGCAGGGGGACCAGCAGUGGCUGGGUCCUUCCUGUGGGAUGAAGGAGAAAGGGACACCAUGCUUGUUCAGUUUAGGCGUUGAGGGAAGAAUUUUCACUGAGUGGGCACUGCUACUGCCUCAGUAGCACAGGCUGCCCAAAUUGCUGUGGGUGCCCCAUCCCUGUAGGUACAAGGCCAGGUUGGUUGGCGCCCUGGGCAGCCUGAGCUGGGGGGUGGCAGCCCUGCCCACAGCAUGGGAUAAGACUGGGUGGGCUCUGAAGUCACUUCUGACCUAAAAUAUUCUGUGAUGGAGAAGAGCCACCUGUAAAGCAGAAAUCCAACCCUUACAUACUUCAGGUUUCAAACACCAGGAUUUGACAUAUGGAUGCCAGUGGCAGGGAUUCUCUUGCUCACGACGAGGCCUUGAGGCCUUUCAUGGUGCAUUUAGUCCCCUCUGAGGGUAGUGGGGCCAGACUUGUUCCCAGUUACUAUGAGCAGAGACAGCUCCAAACCCCUGAAGAAUAGGAGACAUGGCACUAAGGGGCUUCAACACUCCUUGCCAAGGGCCUAAGCUGCAAAAUGAAGGGUGUAGCAGGCAGGUUCAGCCCUUUUGUGUCGGUCUUGGAGUGAAGCAGAGCACCCGGCCCUGUGAUUUCUGUCCCACAGCCUAUGUGGAUAUACGGCCCGCCAUGGGGCUUCUGCAAGGGGAUGCCAGCAAAUAUCCUGAUGGUGAAGGCUGGGGUAGAUCUUGGACACUCAGGGGCUGGGGGUGACGUCAGCUGGGGAGGUGAGCCAGGCGGGCCUGGGUGGGACACAUUUUAGCAUCACGUUUUUGAGCAGAGGGGCUGUCAGUGGGUGCGUUGUUGGCUUCCUCCUCCUGGGCGAAGAUCCGCCCCGGGGGAAGUGCAGCACCCGGAGCCCCAGGGGAGCUGAGGCAGCUCGACAGACUGCAUCUCCCUCUGCCACCCGCCCCAGGGCUCUGCGAUUUCACACUCGGGCGGCCGCUCUGCGCCGAGCCAUGCAGGAGCGCUCGGCCAUGGCCUCUCCGGGAAAAGCAGACGGUGGUGCCUCCUGCCUCUCCUCCCAGUGCUUCGACCCCCUCACUAGGUCCUGCGUGAUGUGCUCUGAGCUGUUUGGGGACAACACAACAGAACCCGCCCCUGGAGUGCCCAGCUCAGACACACUGCCCACUGUCCCCUCCACGGACCUGCCCAGCAGCCUCCUGAUCUUCGGGGUCCCUGCGCUGGUGGGGCUCCUCCUGGCCCUGGCAGCUCUCUGGGGCUUCCUUGCCUGCAAGUUGGGGAAGCAGAGGAGGAAGAGGAGGAAGACAGAGCGGGAGGUUGAAGAAAACCUGGGUGAUGCCGGCCUCCUGCCCAGCUCCAGCUGCUUGGAUGUCAGUACUACAGAGGGUAGUGCUGACCCAGCACAAAUCCCCUGCCCACACCGCAACGGAGGUCUGAGGACACCCAGAAGGGAUGGAGCGAAGCGGCGGCCAUGCUGCCAGGGUGAUACCAAGGGUGACGUGGUGCUUCUGGCCACAACCUGGCCCCACCAUAAGGAGCACGGCCACAGCUUCCCGCUGCCAGCCACCGAGCUAGGAGCCACUGCCUUGGUCACCACCAAAACCACCCAGGAGUGUGUGGGUGAAGAAAGACUGUGAUGGCCAGGAAACGGAGCUGGGGCUCUCCCUACAGGCAGCCAGAGCCCUUCCCUAGCGGGUAAAGCAUUGCAUGGACAUGAGCUGCAUCAGAAACGGAUUUUACAUUUUAUGUUUCCCCAUUUUUGUGGAGUCCCAGCCACACCUGCAGUUACUGGAGGAAACCCUAGGAUUCAUGCUGCGUUACCGGUAGCUGCUGAGCUAUGGAACUGGGGAUUCCAGAUGGGUCUGCUGCUGAAUAGGGCACUUUUAGGGACAUGGGGCUGGAAGACCAGCAAGAGGAGAAGCAGGGAGUUCCUUUAGGAUCAAACCCCAUCACCAUUAGUUCAAUUAUUGCUACUGACCAACGGCUUGGGGCCUCAUGGAGAAAAGCUCAUCCAGCAUCUGCUCUGUGCACAGUCCUGCUUCUCCUGUCCCCUGCAUGCUGUGACAUCCACUUCCCUGCUCCCUUUGGGCAUUGUUGUUUGGUUGCAGGCACCCAUGGACAGCCAUGGGAACUCCCUCUGUAUCUUGAAUGCCCAGGGAAUGGAAAACAAUUUGCCUUUUUGAGCAGGAAGCAAGAGAAAGAAUCGGGGAAAUCUGUCUUUGCUCUGAGCUACGGUAACUGAAGUCAGUGAGAACCAGAGGCAGGCAAUGGAGUCUGCUGGUCGGGAGGAGCACUGGCUGCAGGAGCUUGUCAUGAUGGCCCCAGACAACCAUCGCUUCAGCUCACGGUGGCUGCAAAAAUACUGCAUGUCACUUGUGGUGACAGGACUCACAGUGAUGGAUGUACCCGUGCUGCACACAACCAGGCAGGGAGUGAUGCCGAGCGUGGGAGGGAUGACUUAAUUUAUGUGUGUGGCUUCAGGGAGUUGCUGUGCGUGAGAAUUGACCAGCAGCGCCAGUCCAAGGCAGCUUGAUGGCCAUGCUCACCCACAAGCUGAUGGCUCACCUGUACAGGAAGCUUUGGGAAUGAAGCCAUUAGUGAAGAUUGUGCUCCCUCCUGAUAUCCCAGCUCUGCUCCUCAUCCACCACUUAUUCUGGCUUCCUAUGUCACCACCACCAAUGUCAGCGCCACCCCCCAGCUAGUGUUCUCAUCCCUAUCAUGGCCUUCAGAAGAUGGAGGACCCUGCAAUGUUUACUCAAUAGCCAUGGAGGUCCAAGGUUUGUCGUAAGAUUGACCAGUGACAUUGCGUCUGGUGGCGUUGCCUCUGCAGGACCACGCAGUCCUGUUAGAGGGUGAUGCCUCCUUCCUCCCCUUGCCAUGGAUGCCAAGCUGGCUUUGCUGCCUUCUCUUCAACAGUGAACCAUUUGGACAUAGGAGCCUAUGUUCAUCACCACACUUCCUCUUUCGCCUUGCUCCAGAUAGCGCCUAACUCAGCUCAAGACACGAUGUGUCCCCAUUGCUGGAGAUGCCGUCUCUGCACAUCUUAUCAGGUGGAAGUGCUUUGACAUCAAGACCAGCCCUGGGGACAUUCAGAACACCUCUGGGGACGUUGACUCCACCAAUUCCCUGGUUGUAAUAGAAGAACCACUGGGAGGCAGGACAACCUGCUUCAUGGACAGCGGGGCUGGGAGGUGAAGCUACCAAUGCUGCUGCAUCUCACCUUCUAUGGCUGUGACAUGUGGGUGUGGUGCAGACCCCACACCAGAAAAUAAACUCCUGUAAUAACCCCGCUGGAAGAAAAAAUCCCACUUUCUGCUCAGGUGAGGGCUAUGGCUCUUAUUUCUUCAGGUGUUUCUGCUUUGCAGGAUGCCAUGGUGAAGGGCUGGCAUGGGCUGCCCAGGGAAGUGGUGAAGUCACUGU